AUGUACCCGACCUGGCAAAACAGCCCUCGAGCCGCGUCGUCGUACCUCCCCACCUCAUCGACGCCGGCCACCAGCGAUCCCUCGACAGCGCACUCCCACGGCGUCGUGUGGGUCGCAGACUACCCUGGAGCGAUAACAGAACGCGCCGGACAUGCCUACGGCGUUGGAUGGGCCGGCGAUGCUCGGGCGAUGGGUCCCGCUUCUUUCGCUUCGCGGGACGGCACACUGUCCCACUCGGGGCUGCUUGCGGGAUACGGGCAUGAGCAAGGACACGAACAGAUGGACAUGGCGCGGCAGGCGGAGCGGCAGGUGCAGGCUGAAGCGCCUCACUCGAUAUCAUACCCUCCGACAUCCGCAUCCUUCAUACCCUACGACAUGCACGACAACUCUUCCCAUCAGUUCGCACCGCCAGUCUCCCCGCCCUCGUACUGCCACGACUAUUUCAUGCCAACCGCGCCAUACACUUCUCGGCGUCAGCAGCCGCAACCCGAAGUCGCCGCUGGAGGGUACCGUUCGACUCCCGCCGCAUCCGGCCAGUAUGCGGACAACUACGGUACUCGCGCUCAGCACUUGUCGAAACGCCCGAGGACCGGAGAUGGCCCGCCGCGCGACAUACGCUGGCAUCUGCAGAACGAUGCCAUCCCUUCCCUCGAGAUACAGACCUCGCUUCCGUCCACCACUGCGGGAGUGUCACAGCCAGCGCCUGUCCGCCAGCGACUUUCCUCGCAUAACUCAGGUGGCUCAGAAGGGCUCAAGCGUACCCCUGUAGCGUCCAGCUCCGAAAUCUCGCCGGUCUCGUCCCUGUCGUCGGGACCAUCGAUCUCGUCAGCUUCGGGGCUAACGGCGUGCGAGUUGCAUCCAAGCCAAACGACGUCGAACAAAACUUCGCCAGCAACGUUCGUCCUGCCCCUCCCCCGCCCAGACGAGAGGCCGGCAACCUCGCUUCCGCCCUCGACCUCCUCGUCCACCUCUAUCCCCUCGGCCGACUCCGCUUCCCCCGCCAUACCGCCUCAGAUCCAUCCAGCGCAAGUUCCCUCGCCCCAACCCGCGCAGGCCAAGGCGGACAAAUCGUGCGCGCCGUGUCGAGCGAGGAAGGUCCGCUGCACGCGCACUUGGCCGAAGUGUGCGCGCUGCAUCGAGCGGCGUCUCGACUGCGGCUACGGCGGACUGGUGCCGAUUGACGUCGUCAAGCAGAUGCACCCCGAGUCGCGAGUGCUGGAACUCGAGGCGCGCAUCAAACUGCUCGAAUCGGAACUCGCGCACGCACACUCGCACGCGCCAGUCUCGCCCGGCAGUGGCUUCAACGCCCUCUCGCUCGCCUCCGACCUACCCCUCGAGAUCUACACGCGCCUCUUCGGCCAUACUCAACUCGUGCACGGCCUUGCCGGCGGACCGUCUACACUCUUCUCCCUCGACGAGGAGAGGGGUGUUGCGGAGGAUGCGCUAGGUCGGGCACAUGUCGAGGCUGUCUGCACCGCGGUCAGAAGGCGAGCAGCCGGAGCGAAGGCGUUGCCGAAGCUCGAUGUUGGAGAUGCGGAUUCGGAGGCUGCUUGGUGGAGGAUUACGGUUGCGAGAGAUGCUGAGGUGGUGGAGGAUGUUGCAGCGUUGGGUGUGCUGGAGCGGACUAGGAACGCAGACUGGCUGAGAUGGGUCAUUUGGGCGCUCCUUGACGCGUUCUGGGCGACCUGCUCCUCGAAUGUCCCGACUUUCCGCCCUUUCCACACGCCGUUUCGCAAACUCUAUUUCUACCUCCGCCUCUCCUCCCUCACGGCCUGCGAGCGAGCCAUCCUCGCCGCCUUUCUCUCGAUCGGCAUCCGCUCAACUGACGACGUCGCCUUGCUCGGCAUCUCCUCCGAGUUGAGGCCGGCUGAGGAAGGUAGGAGGCGCGAGGAGCUGGCGAGGGUGAUGCGGUCUCUCAUGUAUGAGCUGUACGAGCGGGCGGAGGUUGGAUUUGGCGAAGGAAGCGAGGCGGGUUUGCAGACUGGACUGGUGGUCGGAGUCGUCAGCAUGUGGAACGAGCUGCUCCCGCGCAGGACGCGAUCGAUCGUCCGCACCUCGCUCGGCGUCUACAAGGACCUUUUCGACUCUGCGCCGACAGACGAAGCUCGCCGAUCACUGCAAAUGAUGUACACCCUCCCGCUGCUUCACCAAGACUCGACUGUCGCCGCCUACCUUCGCUCCUCGCCCCUCAUUUCCGACCAAGACCUCGCGACUUACUUCCCGGCUUUCCCGGUGCCCGUAUUUGGUCGAGCGGAAGAGGAGCAGCCGGUCUUGAUCGACGAGUUGAACAAAUGGCUCGACUUGGACCGGCUCGGCGGGGCGACGCAUCUCCAGCAUAUGCUGGGCAGUAUGGUCAUCUACCGGUGGCUUUCCGCGUGCCUGCGCUGGUGUGCCGAGAUGAGCUGCCCGAAAGGCGCCUCUCGUCAACUUCCCGUCGCCUCCGUCGACUACCUCCUCUCGACUCUCUCCUCGCUCCACGCGUACAUUCAGACGCUUCAGCACCAUCUCACACACCUCGCUCCGGCUUCCGCUGCCCACCCAUCCUGCCUCGAUCCCGACGGCGACACCUGCCAAGACGUCCACCUCCGCUGGGCCACACGCCUCGACCGCGAGAUUGACGACGCGACGUGGCUCGUCUUCAGCGUCGUCGGCGAGAGGUUGGUGAGGGAGGACCACCGGCUGGCGAAGAUCGAGAUGGAGGACGGUGAGGGCGGACAUGCGGAGGCCUGGCACGAAGAUAUCGAUAUCGAGACUCUCAGGAUUUGUGAGACGCGGGUUCGCAAAGGACUCAAGCUCGCCGCCUUCUACUUCAACUUCUUCGCCAACUCGCCCGACCCGCACCAGUCGCACCACCUCGCCUGGUCUCUCGAGCUCAUCCCCUCUUGGACCUUCCUCGCCACGCAGCGAUACGUCUCACCAUCAGUAUCCCCCGCCGAGCCAGAUCCGCUCGCCCGCCGCGACCAGGCGACCGAGUUGACCGAACGCGAGCUCGACUGGAUCGAGCGAGGACUCGACCUGGCGCAGCGGUACCACCCAGUCGCCGAACGCCGGCUGAAUGAGCUGCGGAUGUACCGCGAAGCGAAUCAGAAGCGACUCGGACCGCGGGCGGUCGUGGCGGCACCAGCGGUGCAGGUCGGGGAGAAGGGACGCUCGUUUCGAGCGGCGAUGGCGGUGGCGGUAAAGCAGGCGGUUCCGGCAUGGGCUUGA